AUGGAUCAGUCGACUCCUACCAACAAGCGAAAGAACGAACCGGAUGACAACCACACUCCCAGAGCUGCCAAGAGGCACCAAUCAGAACAACCAUAUCCUCGAACAAGAUCUUCAACAGCUCGAGAGAACAUAGAGCAUUCCGAUACCAUGCAGCCCAUUUCUGCUGCUGAGACUCCCAAUGAAAAGCCGGAGUCUCAUGGGCCACCGCCUGUUUGUUCCAAUACCAGGGGGGCGCUAGCUGAUGCUCUUCCAUACCAUCAAUGUCACGAGGGGGGCCUCUAUACCCAGGAUUUGGUAGCCAAGUCAAUUUUGAUCAACGGGCAAUGUGAAAUCCGUGAUAUUGUUCUUGGCGAAGUUCUCAUCACUUCAGUCGGAGGUGGCCGAACUCUCGACACGGAAACUGGAAAGAUGGUUCGAGUAAAGGACCAGGAAGAGAGUGGCAGGGCAGUGAAGGCCUUCACCCAGGCAGUUCAAACACAGAAUCCCCUGGUGGUAAUAGUAGGAUCAAACAACAAGAUCUUCCCUGUUCAACUACAUCAUCACUUUAAUGUGAUGGAUUACUUUUUUGCCACCGACAUCUGGCGUGAAAAGGUCGACUAUGGAAAAGGGAACAUUGUGAACUGCUACAAGAUCCGCUUGGAAAAGGUGGACAGGUCAACCAGGUCCUGGUGGGUUCCAAAGAAUGCUACUCCACAGGAAGCAGGCGAAUUCAAGUCUGGAGAGUACAACUGCAAGUUAAAAGCAUGCCAAGUCUGCAGCGUAUCCAGCAAGGAGAUGUUCAAGCAGGGCUGGAUGUGCAUGAAUACAGACUGUUCCGAAUUCUUCCAGAAUGGCUCCCUAGAUUGCAACGAGCUCCAGUACAGCGAUGCAUUCCUAAAUGAGAGGACGAACCACACGGGGCCCGAGCCCCAAUAUCCCCUAGUCCCACCGUUGCCAGAAAAUGAAGGGAAUGCUUUCGGCACAGAGAAAAGAUUCAAGCGCGGAAUCGUUUGCCCGAAAUGUUCCCUCUGCAGUCGACGGAUCAAGUGGGAAGGCUGGUAUUGCGAGAACAACCAAUGUGAUUUCAAACACAAGGUUGUUAUGAACGAGAUCCCUUUGACGAAUAUCAAUCAAGAGACUGGUAAAGCAAGGACGAGAUCUGCAUUGACUUACAGCCGUUACGGUGUCAAGGCAUACGCAAAGUCUAUUGGUGGUAAUGAGCUCACGACAUGGUUCAUGCCAGGAGAGGAAGCAGGCACUUUCAUCGGUUCUGUUACCCGAAUUCGGCCGCCUGUUGAAGCACGAAUAAGGGGAGGCGGCUUAGAUGACUUGUAUGUCAAAAUGCAGAAUGAAGACAUCGGACUCCGGCGAGGCGCUGCAAGAAACUCAGGAUCUCGAAUUGAGGAGCUGACCUCGCACUUCUCUGUCAAUUUUGGUGCACCUUACAAGUUCGGGGUCGUUGUGAAGACUACCAGCGGGUUCAUGGAUGCACCCGACCCGAUUAUAGAGUCUGUCCUACGUUUAACCUGGGCAGGAAAGACUGCAUGCGAUAUCACAAACCAGCUCAUCGAAAAAGACGCCAUUCUAACCCCUGAGAACGCAAUACCAAAGGACAUAAAGCCGUAUAAUGAGCAACUCAUUCUCGGGUACUUUGAGAACUCCAAAAUCAGCCCUCAUGAUGACGGAGAGAAGGAGGUAGGGCCAAAUGUCGCCACUCUUUCUUUGGGUUCUCCGGCCCAGAUGAGAUUCCACCCCAAGAAGAAUACCAACUUGGGCAAUCCUCAGGACAAAAGCAAAAGACACAGGCAGCCGAUGCUUGGGUUCCUACUGGAGCAUGGUGAUACGCUUGUCAUGCAUGGAUCACAGAUCCAAAAGCUCUAUAUCCAUGCAGUUGAUCCAUACGGCAUGCAUCGAUUUGCAUUAACUAGUCGCUACAUUCUUCCGGAGACCAUCAAGGACGCUACCCAGCGUAGCUUGGUCGACGUAAACGGGAAGAUCCCUGACAAGUGGGCAGUUCAGGACUACGACGGAGAGACAGAUCAAUUCAAACGCCGCCCUGGAAGCGAUGUUGCCCAGCCAGGCAUGCCAAUUCCAUCUGGAGCAUCUAUUUCGUCGGAUGAAUCCAAUUCACCAUCAGAACCCAGUUGGUCAAAUGACAACAACGGAACCAGGGCUGACAGUAUUACCGAGUCUGAGCCUCCUAGUUCAUCAGACCAGGACGGCCAUACUGAGGAUCGCAACCGUGCCGUCUACACUCAGCCACAGCCUGGGCAAAUUACAGAGAUGGACAUGGAUUCCUUUAUGAACAAUAUCAAAAAUGCGAAAAGGAUUCUCGCGAAACAUCCGGAUCUGAUCAAGCUAUUCUCCGUUCCCAAAAUCGCGGAAUCAAAAGAUUUCGCCACAGAUUUAUUUCGCUCGUGCUUCCUUGCUCAACCCCAUUAAGCCUAUUUGCUUCCUAUCCCUCAACAAUCAACAGACCAGCCUCAGGUUGGUGCGGCCAGCAUCGCGCCUAUUCGCAGAUUCAAAAGGCGUUUCGUGCGACUGCAGUGGGAGCCAGAACCCACGUUAUCAUCAUCACCAUCAAGUUUACUGCUUGAGAGAUCGGCUACUUCCACCC